AUGUGUCGAACGUCAAAUGUGCAAGGUUUGACGCACGUGGACAAGGAUGGCGAUCCUCACAAACGUCAUGCCGUCUGGUCUGCAUACCCCCAUGCUCGCGGGCGGCUGGCUGAUGAGACGACGAAACGAGCUACAGCACGUGACAAAAACAAGGACGAUAGUAACGUGAAUGAUACUGGGGAUACAGGCGAACAGGGAAGCAAGUCGUUUGGUCUCAGCUGGUUGAAAGGCCUCUGGAGCAAUCCUUUCGUUCAGUCCUUUGCGCAGUCUGCUGGCGAGGACAUCAUGGCUGCCGUUCAGCAGGGCAAGAUGCCUGACAAGGAGCAGCUACUGAAAACGAUUGAGCAAAAGGGACCGGACGGCCCGCAAAAGCAACAACUCAUGCAAGCUGUGAAGAGCAACCAGAAGAAGAUACCGAACCAAGAGCAGCUUAUGGAGACAUUGAACGACAAAGGUCUGGGAGACGCCGAGCGACAGCAACUCAUGAAGACCGUCAACAAUCGUGGACUUGAUGCUGAUCAGAAGGACCAGCUCAUGGCUCAGCUGAAAGACAAGACCCAAGGCAUCCCACAAGCAGACCAGCUGAUGCAGGCACUAGCCGCACAGCAGCAGGCCAAUGGCUUGCUACAGAAGGCUUUGAGCCUCAAAGACAUGGCACUAAAGUGUCUCAAUCCAGUGGAAAGGCAAAGGCUAGUGCAAGAGGCAUAUGACAAAGAGCUGCAAGCCAAUGGACAAAGUAAAUGGGCGAAAAGGUUGACUAGUGGGCCGUGGCAAGGAGGGAUGGGUGGUGCAGGUAUCGGCGGGGGUGUGGGCAUGGGGAUUGGGACAGUUGUAGGCACACUGGUCGGUAGCGUUGCAGCGCUACCUACUACGGCAAUUGGUGGACUGGUUGGUGUGGGCGUUGGUGGCAUCCAUGGGCCGUUUGUCAAGCUCAAUCAGGAAAAGGCCAAAGAGGUAGCGGAGAAGAUGAAGAAGGAGGGAAAGAGUGAGGAGGAGAUUACCGAAGCUGUCAAGGCAGAAGCAGGUGAGGGACUGGUAGACGGAGCCAUGGCUGAUGCGAACGGAGGCGAAAGAGGCCAUCCUGAAGUUGGCUCUGCGCAAAGAAGCUCAUCGAGACAAUAUAGCAGUGGCAAAUCUGCUACAGCUCAUGAUCCUGAUCAGCCUCGCAAGAAGCCACGAAAGCUCGAGGUGCGGUCUGGAAGCAAGACACCAUCGAAUCCAGCCAGCUCAAGCAAGGAGAACCGGCCAUGA